AUGGAGCCAAAGUUUCAUGCUUUCAUGUUCCCUCGGUUCGCCUUUGGUCAUAUGAUUCUCUUUCUGCAUCUUGCUAACAAACUAGCUGAGAGAGGUCAUAAGAUUACUUUCUUGCUACCUAAGAAAGCUCAGAAGCAACUUGAACAUCUCAAUCUGUUCCGAGACAACAUCGUCUUUCACCCUCUUGUUGUCUCUCCUCUCGAUGGCCUCCCUAUUGGUGGUGAGACAGCCUCGGAUAUCCCGACCUCGUUAUCAAGUUCAUUGGCCUCGGCUAUGGAUCGGACACGUGAUCAGGUCGAAGAUGCGGUUCGAAUUGGGAAACCGGAUAUGAUAUUCUUCGAUUUCGCUCAGUGGGUAACUGAAAUAGCUAAAAAGAAUGAAACCAAGAGUGUGUAUUUCAUAACGUUUUCUGCAGCAGCUGCAUCUACCUUACUUGUCCCUGGUCUUCGACCAGAUAACUUAGAUGUUCUUCCACCAGGAUAUCCAUUUUCGAAGGUGUUGCUUCGCGGUCAAGAAACUAAUGCCAUGUCAUUCCUCUUUUAUCCGUUUGGAGAGGGACAUACGAUUUACGAACGUAAUAGUAAGGGACUUACAAACUGCGAUGUCAUUUUAACAAGGACUUGCCUAGAAGUGGAAGAGAAAUUUUGCGAUUUCUUGGGGAGCCAAUUUCAGAGAAAAGUUCUCUUGUCAGGUCCAAUCCUCCCUGAACCGGACAAGAUCAUACCACUAGAAGAUCGAUGGAAUCUUUGGAUGAACCGGUUUGAACCCGGCUCAGUGGUGUUUUGUGCUCUAGGAAGCCAAAUCAUUUUGGAGAAGAAUCAAUUUCAAGAACUCUGCUUAGGGAUGGAGCUGACAGGUUUACCAUUUCUUGUAGCGGUAAAGCCACCAAGAGAAUCAUCAACAGUCCAAGAAGGGCUACCAGAAGGGUUUGAGGAGCGGGUGAAGGGGCAUGGAGUGGUAUGGGGAGGAUGGGUGCAGCAACCGUUGAUAUUGGCUCACCCAUCGGUAGGGUGCUUUGUGAACCAUUGUGGGUUUGGAUCAAUGUGGGAGUCUAUGGUGAGUGAUUGCCAAAUUGUAUUACUUCCAUAUUUGCCUGAUCAAAUCCUCAACACAAGAUUGUUGAUUGAGGAACUAGAGCUCUCAGUGGAAGUGGAAAGAGAAGCAGGAUUGUUCUCAAAAGAAAAGUUGAGCGUUGUGGUAAGGUCAGUGAUGGAAAAAGACAGCGAGCUCGGAAACCGGGUGAGGAAGAACCAUGCAAAGUGGAAGGAGACUUUGCUUCGUCAUGGACUAAUGAGUGGUUAUGUCAAUAACUUAGUAGAAGCACUGGAGAAACUAGUCCAAAAUAUAAAUCUUGAAUGA